AUGGAUUCAAAUUGGCAGAACAAUUUAUCAUCCGACGAAAAUAAUGAUCAGCCAAGUACCUCCCAAAAUUUUGGGGCGGAUGAAGUAAUGCUAAAAGCAAAAAAUCAAUGGAAUGCUCAUUCCGAGGAAUUAUUGCUUUUAUUUUUGGUUGAACGUAUCGAAGACGUUAAGAAAUUAAAAAAGCGAGGAAUUACGGCAAAGAAUGUUAAAGGAAAAUUAUGGAAUGAUGCAACUGUUAUGUUACGUAGUUACAAUUAUGUCUUCAAUGCAAAAAAAUGUGCGAUCAAAUAUAAGGAACUUAUACAGAACGAAAAAAAAGGAUAG